AUUCAGUCUCUCCCUCUACUCACCCAAUUUUUGGGAUUCAAAAACUGAGAUUUAAAUCAUACAUGUUGAGGUUUUUUCCUCAUGUCUUUUGAGCCUAUCAGAUGCAAGAUUUCAAGUUUUGAGGAUUAGAAACUACUUCUUUUUAUAAAAACAGUAAACAAUAGGGAUUUUUUUUCUUCUUAAAUCCCUAGACUCUGGAAUUAUACUACUCCAUAUGCUAACAUAAGCAUGGGUUUUAAGAAAAUCACCAACUACCGCGAGAGUCUACACUGACGUCCUUCACAUAGAUAUCAGAUAUUCACAUCAGUAGGUUUCGGGAUCCCAGACGAGUUCCUGACUUUGAAAAGUUCUGUUCUGAAACAAUUGAUAUAAUUCAACCGGCACUUGUUCUGGUGACAGGUGACUUGACAGAUGCCAAAACAAAGGAUAAAUUGGGCUCUGAGCAGAUUGAAGUGGAGUGGCAAACUUACCAGUUGAUCCUGAAGAGAUCAAGAGUCAUGGAGAAAACCAAAUGGAUAGACAUCAAAGGGAAUCAUGAUUCAUUCAACAUUCCACACUUGGACAGUGUCCAAAAUUACUACAGGAAGUACUCUGCCUGGCAGAAGGAUGGCUCUUUCCAUUAUGUGCACAGGACUCCUUUUGGAAACUAUUCAUUCAUCUGUGUGGAUGCCACCCUCAGUCCAGGCCCAAAGAGACCAUACAAUUUCUUUGGGAUUCUAAAUACGAGUCAAAUGGAAGAGCUGUUGUCCUUGGUCAAAGAAAGUUAUCAUAGUAACCAAACCAUUUGGUUUGGCCAUUAUCCUACUUCAACAAUCAUCUCCCCAUCCCCGGGAGUACGAAAAGUAAUGAGCUCUGCUACAGCCUAUUUGUGUGGUCACCUCCAUACGUUGGGUGGAUUGAUGCCAGCGCUGCAUUGUCGACAUCCUCAGGGUACUCUGGAACUGGAGCUGGGAGACUGGAUGAAUAAUAGAAAGUACCGGAUCCUUGCAUUUGAUCAUGACCUCCUUAGCUUUGCAGAUGUGAACUUUGAGGAAUGGCCAGCUGUUCUCAUCACCAACCCCAAAUCGUUACUUUAUAGCAGCUCUACUCAUGAACCACUAGUGAAAAUUCUUCAUUCCACCCACAUCAGAGUUUUGGUCUUCUCUCCUUCUUUCAUCACCUCUGUAAAUGUCAGUAUUGAUGGAGUUCAUUUGGGGGCUGCUCAUCAUGUGUCUGGUCCUCUCUACGUAGCAAAGUGGAGCCCUCAAAACUACAGUGAAGGGUUACAUUACAUAGAUGUGAUGGUCCAGGAUGCCACUGGGAAGAGCAGGACUCGAGGUCAUACAUUUGCUGUGAAUGAAAACCUCUCCCUCAGAUUUGGCUUCUUGUCAUCUUUCAUUCUCCUUACUGACCACUACAUACUGGCUCGAGUACUCUUUGGGCUGAUUGUUCUGGUUCAGGUCGCCUUGCUUCUUAUUUUCAGGUAUCUUAGAAAGCCAACACUCAAAGGACCUCCAGGAUUAGUAAUGUUGACCUCUUUUUCACUUCAUGUUUUGAGCAAAACAAAUAUCUUCUAUUACUCUCUUUUGAUAUUGAGUUUGUAUACAGCUCUGGGACCCUGGUUUAUUGGUGAGGUGAUAGAUGGCCAGGUGGGCACCUGUUUUUCCUUUGGGUUAAUUGUUGGUGGCCAUUUCCUGCAAGGCAACUUGACAUUCAUGAUUGGAAUUUUACAGAUGGUAUUUUUUAACUUGCCUUUGAUGGCUUACCUGUGCUGGAGCCUGCUGUUACGAUGCCAGGGGCACAGCUUCUGCUCUCAUAUCCGUCAUGUCAGGCACUUCCUGACUCUGCCAAUCCACCUAACCAUGCUGCUCCUUCUGGCCUGGCAGGUCUAUUCCUGCUAUUUCCUGCAACGGACGUAUGGAACUCUGGCUUUUUUCCUCUCCCCAAUGAAGACCUGGCUGGUGGUGCUGACUCUAGUUUUGAUCCGUAAAGCCUGGACACUGAGCUCUUCUGAGCUGAGAACAUACAUAGUGGAAAUGAAAAACUGUCGGAGUUCUUGAUGCUUGGCGAGGGUAUUCAAAGUGCUUCUGAAUUAAACUGUGAACUGCAGAUUAGUAUGGCUGCAUUUCAGUACAGGCCAAGCAAUUAAAUGGUAAGAGCUGAAGCUGUCCCUGAAUUGCUUCAGAACUUUGUGGUAAUGGGGUUUUCUGUGGUACAGAGUGGAUCUCUGUGUCUGACAAAUGGAAUGUUUCCUGAAUAUUGAAUGAAAAAUGUGAUUGAAUGUCAUUAAAGACAGUAUAGACCAUAACAAAUGUCUGCAACAGUGGCCUUCAGACUAGUGUCAUUGUGGUUUGUGCCAGCAACACUUCUUGGUGUUUAUAAUGCUACAAUGUAUAUCAGCAACUCAAACUAAUUGUAUGUGUGUGCAUGUCUAAGUCCUCUAUUAUUCUUGUUCAGACAGCGUGAGAGAGUGUACUGCUUUUUCCUUUUUUCUCCCAAAAGCGAGGCAUAGCUGACUAAUGAGAGAGCUCUGUUGAUUUACUGAUGUUAAAGGGAGGCUUUGUGAUGAUCAGAGUAGGGAGUCAUAGCAGAGGAGGAGGAAGGUAGGAUAUCUUCAUGUAUUAAAGAGCAAAGUGGAGCAGUGGGGUCAAUGAAUAGGGCAUAGGUGUGUAGUGAGGAAACACUGGUUAUGGGACUUGCUGUGUGAUUUGGAGUCAGUUGUUGAACUUCUCUACUCUUCAUUUGCUCCAGCUGGUGGAUAUAAUGCACUUGGAGAUUGAUGGAUAAAAAGUAUGAAGUGUUUUAUAUUUAUAAACUAACCCUUCCUCCUUCCACCACCUCCAGAACUCAGAAAGAGGGAUAGUAUAGGUAUAGGACUAGAUUCAGGAAAUCCCUGAUUGUAAUUGAAGCUCUGACAUUUUGGAUAUGUCUUAACAUUUCUACCAGAGGAUGUAAUUCCCAGCCCAAGAAGCCAUUCUAGUGCUCUGUUAUUGAGCUAGCACACUAAGAAUAGACCAUAGGUGCAAUGAUGUGAGCAGUGGGAGGGGCUGUCCUCUGUUUUUAAGCUCACAUUGAGCUAGCACAGUGUUUCUCCACAGGCUAAGAAUUACAUCCCCAGCUUGAGGUGCAGACAAGCCCUUUCUUUAUGUGUCUGGGCAGUCACUGUGUUCCUUCAUGACAUACUUCCUGUCUUUAGAGAGAGUACUUGCCUCCCUCACGGGGCUGUCGUGAGAUGCAAAAUUUAGAUACCUUGAACAUGAAAUUAUAUAAAUAACUAGCAGUCCUGUGGGCACCUUAGAGACUAAUAUAAAUACAUCUUGAGCUUUUCAUGGGUAAAACCCACUUCAUCAGAUGAGUUGGAGUGGAAAUUACAGAAUCCAGAGUAUAUAUAACAGCAAAAGCAAUUAUUUGUCAAUUGUAGGACCAGUGUUAAUUAUGGUAAUUGAAUCAGUCUGGUUGUGUCCACAUUUACACAUCUAUAGCGAUGAAUGGGAUUGUUAGAGGAUCGCAGGGUCCCCGUCAAUUACCCGACGUCCUCCCCUGACCCUCUAUUUGUUCUCACCCUAAAUAGAUAAAUAGAAAAGAACAUAAACACUGUCAAAUCAAGUGUAAAAAUGUAAUAAGAAAAGCAAAAAAAGAUUUUGAGGAACAGCUAGCCAAAAGCUCAAA